CUCGAUUUAUUUUACUUUUUCUUGACCAAGUUUAAAAAAGAAUAUACGGAAUACAUGUUGAACCAUACUUUCCUUAAGUGUACAGUGGCUGCAAGAAACCCCCAAAUUCUGCUUUUGCUACCCCCGCAAAAUUUGGCCUAAUCUACAGCAAAGCUUGUCCUCUCUUUAUUCGCAGUAUGAUUCCUCUGCUACUUUUGAAAACUAUGGGUAUGGGGCGUUUCAUCAUUUUUUCCUGCUCUUAAAGCAACAAAUCAUAAACUAAAAAUCCUCACAAGCCAAACCCUUGUUGUCUUCUUCACCAUCCAAAGUUGAGAGCUUUUUCUACGAUUUCUUCAUAUUAAUCCAUAUCGGUAUGCAUCUGGCUCUUCUUUUUUUAUUCCCCACUCAUUUUGCAGUUAUUUUUUAAGUUGCUGAGAGAACACAUACAGAUUCAGUUAUUGUUUGAGAUAAUCGAAGAAUCUGGCAGGAAAAGACUAAAUCUUGGUGGUAUUUUUGCCUGAUUAUGCUUAAGAUGAGGGAGUUUCCUUCUUGUUUCGGCGAAAACGGGGUUCAAGUUGCCGAUACUUCCUGUUCAAGUAUUUCUGGGAUCAAUAAAACUCCACAAAAUUUAGUUACCUGCGUUUACCAGUGUAGAAUUCUCCAUAAAAUCUGUUCGGUGACAAUUUCUUGGAGCAAAAAUUUGAUGGGUCAAUGCCUUAGUGUAGGGAUAGACGAUUCCUCUCACCAUUGCCUUUGUAAAGUUGAUGUUAAGCCUUCUUUGUUCUCAAAACGAAAAGGGUCAAAGUCCUUAGAAGUGAACUCAUGUAGAAUUGAUCUCUAUUGGGAUCUGUCAGGGGCGAAGUUUGGAUCCGGCCCGGAACCUUCUGAAGGGUAUUACAUAGCUUUAGUGUGUAAUGGGGAUAUGGCUUUGGUUAUUGGGGAUAUGAGGAAAGAGGCAUUCAAGAAGACUAAUGCAAAUGCCACUUUUCCUAAUGCCUUGUUAGUAUCGAAGAAGGAACAUGUUUUUGGGAAAAGGGUGUUUGGGACAAAGGUUAAGUUUUGGGAUGGUGGUCCAGUUCAUGACCUUAUGAUCGAGUGUGAUACAAAUGGGAUUGAUGACCGAUCCCUUUAUGUCCGUGUUGAUAGUAAGACUGUGAUGCAAGUGAGGCAUUUGUUCUGGAAGUUCCGUGGGAACUAUACGAUUUUGGUUGAUGGGCUUCCGGUUGAAGUUUUCUGGGAUGUCCAUAACUGGCUGUUUGGUGGGACCAACUUUGGGAAUGCGGCGGUUUUCAUGUUCCAAACAUGUUCUUCGGCUGAGAAGUUGUGGAAAGGGCAGUCGCUAUCAGAUGAUUCUGUGUUGGCUUGGCCUUCUUACUCAGAGAGUUCCAAGUCUCCAGGUCUUGGUUUUUCUUUAGUGUUGUAUGCUUGGAAGAGUGAGUAGAGGUUUUGUCUACUUGAUCACUACUUAAUUUAUCUAUCAGGGUUGUUAAUUUUCUACGAAUGGAGUACUUUGCCUAAAAACUUUUUUUUUAUGUUGGGUCUUGAUGCUGAUUAUAAUUCAGUUACAUUUUCCUGUAGUAGAGUGUACAUUAGGCCUGUGAUGGUUAAGGAUAACAGGAAUGAAACUUUUGUUAAAGAAAGCUUGUGAUUUGUGAUUUCUUUAUAGUGGUUGUGGUUGGGGCUUCACUUUGUUGAAGAUCCAUCUAUGUAUGGUGUUCAAGGCAAUGAUCAGGUGAAAUUAAACUAGCUAAGCUAGCUAGUUGAAACACAUAACCUCAUCUUGGAGAUGAUGAAAUCUUCAUUGAAAGAUAGAGAUAAUGUCUCAAUUGGGACAUUAUCAUCAUCUUCCUGUGAGAGGUCUCAAGUUGAUCAAGAGAUGCAAUCCAAUGCAACAAGCACUUGUGGCAAAGAUAAUGGAGAAGUCACCCAGGGAGGACGACGUUUCUACACUUUCUUGCCUGAAUUUAACAUGGUUCUCAUCCGCCAGAUUGCGGCAGAAGCAUUGGGGACAUACAUGAUAGUGUUCUGUAUAUGUGGGAUAAUAUCAAACCUGAAGCUGAUGGGAGUACAAGUUGGGCUGUUGGAAUAUGCAGCCACUGCUAGUCUUACUGUAGUAGUUGUCAUCUUCUCCAUUGGGCCUAUUUCUGGUGCACACUUGAAUCCUUCUGUUACCCUUGCUUUUGCAGCAAUUGGGCCUUUUCCUUGGCCCAAGGUACCCCUUUAUAUCAUUGCACAAUUGGGAGGUUCUAUAUUAGCCGCAGUAUCAGGAAGAUUGAUAUAUGGAGUGGGGUAUGAGCAUAUGAUGACAAGACCACUCCAUGGGUGCUAUGCAGCAUUUUGGGUGGAGUUUUUGGCAACCUUCAUAAUCCUCUUUGUUGCUUCAGCUUUAUCAAAUGAUCCUCAAUUUGCAGGGAAAUUGGGUGGAUUUAUUGUGGGAGCAUCCAUUGGUUUGGGAGUGCUAAUCACUGGGCCAGUUUCGGGAGGGUCAAUGAAUCCAGCAAGAUCAUUAGGGCCAGCAAUUGCUUCAUGGAGUUUUGACAGAUAUUUGUGGAUUUAUGUUGUUUCACCAACAUUAGGAGCCAUUGUUGGCGUAUUGGUUUACCGUCUUCUACGACUCCAAGGAUGGUCUUGCGAGCUCCCCGAUGCUUCUCCAAGCACUCGCUAUACUUAAGUAACAGUCAUUUAAUUAAAUGUGAUUGUAUUAGGGGCAAAUGAGUCCUAUACAACUUGAGGAAUGAUUAUUUUGACUAGCAGUAGCGGAGCCAGAGAAGUGAUCCCGAGGACUGAAACUUAACUGGAUACAUAUAAAACUGGUGGAUCGUCUUUAAACAAUAUAUGAGUUAGAAUGCUUCAUUUGUAGCUUAGAUAAUGAUAGUUUAAAUGAGAUUAAUAGAGUUAUAAAUUUAAUAUAUGUCAUAUACUUUUACGUAACUAAUGUGUUGGAAAAUUGUAUUAAAAAUUGCAUUAAAUUGCUAUUUUCGGGCGAUAUUUUGAGUGGGG